GAAAAUUUUGCCGUUGAGACAAGAGUCCCUCACAACAUCACGGCGUCAUAGAGGAGGCCGGAGAGAUCAAAGCCAGCUUCGACCAGUCACAUCCAUGGCUGCAAAUCGUACUUCUCCUUCCUCUAAACCCACACCCAUCCAAACCCACAAAAACUCCAAGAAGAAGACGAAGCCGAUUCAAAAUGAGUCAACUCACCCCCAAACUCCCGACCACACUCAACUCAACCCUUCUUCUUCUUCUUCAACCCCCAAACGCACAAAAUCUCCAGGUGUUCGCGUUAUUGGCAGCAGAAUCUACGAUUCCAAAAACGGAAAAACUUGUCACCAGUGUCGACAGAAGACGAUGGAUUUCUCAGUAUCCUGCACCAAUCAGGGGGAAAACAAGAAGCAAUGUCCACUCAAUUUAUGCCAAGCUUGCCUCUCCAACAGAUAUGGAGAGAAAGCUGAGGAAGCAGCAGCAUUGGGUGAUUGGAAAUGUCCCAGAUGUAGAGGUAUUUGUAAUUGCAGUUUUUGCAUGAAGAAGAGAGGUUGUGGUCCAACUGGGAUUCUUAUUCAUACUGCAAAGAAGAAUGGGUUUGCUUCGGUUUCCAAUCUUUUAAAGAUGGACGGCUCUACGGUGGCCAAAAUAGUCGAGGGUGGUGGCAAGCGGAAAACGCCAAGUGCUUCUGAUAAGGAAAUAGGAGAUGAACCGAAAAGAAAAAAGAUGAAACAAGAAGUUGAUGGCGAAAGUGAGGAUGAGAAAAACACGAAUGAGGAAACGAGCGAAGAUCAUAAUGUGGAGAUUCAACUACCACAGGGUACCGAGUUAAUCAAUCUAGCAGGCAUUGACAUGCCAUCGGAAGAUAUUGGACAUGCUUUGCAGUUAUUAGAAUUCUGUGAAGCAUUUGGAGAGGUUCUCGAGUUAAAGACACGGCAGCCUGAAGUUUUACUUAGCGAAUUAACAUGCGGGAAUGAACGUAAAAGAGAUGAACCAUUAAUUGUUCAGUUCCAUGUCAAAUUGCUCUCUUUACUAGAAGAAGAUUCGGGAAAAAAAUAUUCUGGAAAAUCAUGGGUGGAAGAUUUUAAAGAGUGCAUCUCGGAGUCCCAGUAUCUACCAAAAGAGAGUCUCUUGGAGUGUUUUAACUUGGAACCUAACGGAUACGAUGCAUUGAACUUUUCAAAAAAGCUUCGGCUUUUGAACUUUUUAUGCGAUGAAGCUCUUUGCACUGCAAAGUUGAGGUUGUGGAUGGAGGAGCGAAAUGUGGAAGAAAAGAAGAAAGCGAAAGAGAAGUUGAUUGCUAACAGAGAGAAGGAGAAAAACAUGAAGAAGAAGGUACAAGAUGAGGUGGCAAAAGCUAUCCUUUCACGCAACGGAGUUCCGCUUUCUAUUUCUGAACAAAAACAUCUUAUUUCAAAAAUCAAGGCUGAAACUGCUCAAACUCUUGCAAAUUCGCUCGAAAUGAGAGAGGUACCGCGGGAAUCAUAUGUAGUUAGAUCAGAGCCCAUACUUUUGGACAGAAAUGGCUGCAAACUCUGGAAAUUGAGAGGCUAUUCUUAUAAAAUAGGCAUCCUGCUUCAAGCUUUUUGUUACGAGGAUGCAAAUGCUCCUGGCGAAAGAUGGUUUGCUUACAAUGAUGAGGAAAAGGCAUUGGUUGACGAAUAUAUUUCUAGUUCAAGGUGAUCAAGAACAAGACAGCUUAAAACUUAACGGAACAUUAAACUGUUUUCUGGUUACAGGAACGUUAGAGAAUGAUUGGAAGCAUUCUUUGUGAUGCAUCGGCCAUUCAAUUACUUCUGUUUGUUAUCGCCUUGAAAAGAAGUCGUUACAAAAGUGGAUGUUUAGAUGUAAAUGCAGCAUGUUUUCAUAUAAUCGUAGUAAUUAUAAUGCAUCAUAUGAACGUUUUAAGGUGUCGAAUUUAUUGAAAAUAUGCAAGUUUUG